GACGGGUCUCUGAGGGAAGGAGUCAGUAGCUUUUGUUUAUGUGAUGGAGCUGGUUUAGCGAGCGGCCGUGGAGUUUACUCUGGCCGUUAAUCGCGGGUGAUUCGUGAUUGGAGAAGCAGGCUGGCAUUGCUCAUGGCUACGGGUCAUCUUGCAUAUAGCGUGUGAAAUCUAAAACGUGAUCUGCACGAAGCUUGGCCUUUUUUUUAUUGUGAAAGGCCUGGGCGCAGCGGGCACACAGGGAUCUGACUCCAGCCGUCAGCAUCAGUACCCUGGCCACAGCCGUCGGGGAUUCCCGGGAGCAGGGUGCCCACAGCCGUCAGGGAUUCCCGGGAGCAGGGUGCCCAUAGCUGUAAGGAAUUCCCGGGGGCAGGGUGCCCAUAGCUGUAAGGGAUUCCCGGGAGCAGGGUCCCCAUUGCAGUGACGGUGCCCAGGUGGCAGAGUGCCUAUUACAGUGGGGGUCCCAGGGGUACCAUUGCAAUGAGGGUGUCCUGGGAGCAGGGUACCUAGUGCAGUGAAGUUGUCCCAGGAGCAGGGUGCACGUUGCAGUGAGACUCUCCAGGGGGCAGGGUGCCUGAAGGUGUACGUUCUUUUUUAAUCACGAGUUGUCCUGGAGAUGGAGUGCCCCUUGAUAUGCAUUAAUUGUAAUGAGAUUCCAAGUUUUUUAGAGGAUGUGUGAUGAGGGCAUCCUUUAAUUGCCAUUAAGUGAAGUCCAUUUUCCAGAAAAUGAAACAGCUUUUUUUUGACAAGAGGAAAGUGUAGUACAUGUUCCUGCUGAAUGUGGAUUUAGUAGGAUCUGAUCGACUGAAGUACGUAGACUGAGAGAAAUACACUUGUAUCCUUGAAUCAUGCCAUGCACUUGUGGAAACUGGAGACGAUGGAUCCGGCCUUUGGUGGUAUUCUUGUACCUUGUGGGUGUUGUGGUUGCUGUUCCACUCUGUGUCUGGGAGCUGCGAAAAUCUGAGGUGGGAACUCACAAUAAAGCAUGGUUCACUGCUGGAAUUUUUGUGUUUAUGACAAUUCCGAUAUCACUUUGGGGUAUCUUACAGCAUCUAGUGCAUUAUACUCAGCCAGAAUUACAGAAACCAAUAAUAAGGAUCCUGUGGAUGGUACCCAUUUACAGUUUAGACAGUUGGAUAGCCUUGAAGUAUCCUCAUAUUGCAAUAUAUGUUGAUACAUGUCGAGAAUGCUAUGAAGCAUAUGUCAUCUAUAACUUCAUGAUCUUCCUAUUGAGCUAUUUGACAUAUCAGCACCCAAAUUUGGUGAUUCUACUGGAAGCUAAAGAUCAACAGAAACAUCUGCCUCCUCUUUGCUGCUGUCCGUCUUGGCAUAUGGGAGAGGUGUUGCUGUUCAGGUGCAAGCUUGGAGUUUUGCAGUACACUGUUGUUAGACCAUUUACGACCAUAAUUGCAUUAAUCUGUGAACUUGUUGGAGUUUAUGAUGAAGGGAAUUUCAGCUUCAAAAAUGCUUGGACAUACUUGGUCAUAAUUAACAACCUUUCACAAAUAUUUGCCAUGUAUUGCCUUGUGCUGUUUUACAAAGUGCUGCGAAAUGAAUUGAACCCAAUCCAACCAGUGGGCAAGUUUCUUUGUGUGAAACUGGUUGUAUUUGUAUCCUUCUGGCAAGCUGCUUUGAUUGCUGUACUUGUGAAAGUUGGUAUAAUUUCUGAGAAACAUACAUGGGACUGGGAAAGUGUGGAAGCUGUUGCUACUGGUCUGCAGGAUUUUGUGAUUUGUAUUGAAAUGUUUUUUGCUGCAAUUGGUCAUCAUUAUAGUUUUUCCUACAAGCCAUACGUCCAGGAAGCUGAAGAAGGCUCCUGCUUGGAUUCUUUUUUUGCCAUGUGGGAUAUCUCUGACAUCAGAGCAGACAUAUCGGAACAAGUACGGAAUGUUGGGAGGACAGUUUUGGGUCGACCAAGGAAAACAAAUAUUGGUGUCGAAGAGGAGCACAAUGAACACACCAGCCUUCUGUCUUCAGCAAGCCAGGACCUGAAUUCCGAUACUCCAUCCCUCCCACCUUCUCCACUGGGACAUUACCAAGGAUUUGGACAAACACAUGCAGUUCUUGCACCCCAACCUAAAUCUAUUCCAGAAUCAAAUGACUGUCUUGAUGAAUCAGCCAAAGAGAAAGAAACUGAACACUCCUUAAAUCCGGUGCCUAACAAUUCAGCAUGAAACUGAUUACGACGUGUAUUGUUACUUCAGAUAUUCACCUCCUACGUUCCUUUUGAGGUCAUAUAGCUUCUCUUGCUACUAUAGAUAACCAUACUGAAUAUUAUGGAUGAACUCAAUUUGAAACUUGGAUGAAGUUUAGAAAUCUAAUACUGUAUAUUAAGAAAGAUGACAAGAAAUGAUGAUGAAUACUGAAUAAGUAGAUGCACAAAAUUCUGGAAUUCUAAAACAAUUUUAAGUAUACCAUCUGCCCAUGAUGCUAACAUAUUGGUCAGAGCAUUACAGGAUCCAUCGAUGUGCAGAACUCUCUGAAAUUAACAAGGGUUGUUAGAAUCUGAAGCUAAUUUUAUUAGUCCUUUGAUACAGUAGCAACCACUACCUUUUUUUUGUCUUUCUUGGGAUGUGGCAUCACUGGUUAGCUAGCAUCUGUUGCUCGAUUGUGAUGGUGAACUACCUUUUUGAAUUGCUAAAAUGAAAUGAAAGUCACUCUAAUGAGAAAGCAGUUUUUGGCCCUCUGAGACUAGAGGGAAACAAUUGCUGUGAUUAUUCUGAGAAUCAUCACAUCUUGGGUGAGGGGCAAGGUUGAAAAGCUGGAUCUUUGGUGACUUUUGAUGGUGCAGGAAUUGAACCUGUGCUGUUGGCAUCAUUCUGUGUCACAAAACAGCUGUCCAAUUAACUGAGGUAUGGUUUAGGGUACACUCUCUGUGUUGCUAAGUAGGGAGUUCCAGGAUUUUAACCGUGAGACAGUGAAGUAACAGCAUUACAUUUCCAAGUCAGGAUAGUGUGUAAUCUGGAGAGGAUCAUGCAAGUGUUCCCAUGCUACUACUGCACCUGUCCUGCUGGAUGGUAGAAAUGGUGGACUUGGAAGGUGUUCUUUAUAAAUACCAUUCAUUUCUAUUCUACCUUAAAUUGCUUGCGCAUUUAUUAAAACUAACUAAGCAAUUAUCUAUACUUCCUACUUAUCAACUUAAUUUUGUUACUGUUUGCAAAUGAUUUGGUAAUAAAUGAGUCUUGUCAAAGUAAUGCUUGCUAGAAAAUUUGUGAGCACAGUUAAACAAGGAAAUAACAAAUAAAAUUAAACAAAGAACUGCAGAUGCUUUAAGAUUUGAACCAAAGCAGAAAUUGCUGCAGAAACUUCAGGAUCACCAAACAUGAAACAUUAACUCCCCUUUCUUUGCUCAUGCUGCCAGACCUGUGAGUUUCUCCAACAAUUUCUGGUUUUUGCUGAGGAAUAAUAAAUGUCAGGAAUGUUGCACAAGUGAGUAGGGUGAGCAUGGCAACUGGGGUAGGUAAAGAUCAGUCUCUUGUUUUUAAAAGAAAAAUUUUAUUUUUAGGUAGUAACACUUUUAACCAUUUUUUUACUGUAAUUCAACCUGAAUUGUAAUACAUUAAGAAACUUGGGCUGGCUAAUCUGGAAAUACUGGGCAGUAGGGUAGAUAGGGUGGUAGAAACACUAUACUGUGUAUUUAACAAGCAGGAAUUACUUAAUUCUUUUUUGGUUUCUUGGCUAACUUAUCUACAAGAUUUCAAAUUUAAUAUGACAGGCUUGAAUAAACUCCAGAAAUGUUACAUCAGUUUAUUUAUAACUCAUGGCAUUGGAAUUGUGCAGAAUGGAAACAGUUAGCUAUGUGUUAACAUUGUACAGGACAAAAAUAUUUUUGAUUUCAUAGUGGCACACAUUGGCAGUAUAAUUGCUGGCAAAUUCUAAGGAAAAAAAGGCAGAAUGCCUGUGUUGAAGCUGAUAAAACAAUUAAAAGAUUUUCUUCCCUACAUUUUGAGAUGCUUUUGGGAAUUGUGCAUCACACUUGAAGAUCAAUUUGUAAUCAGUUUGGAUCAGAACAGUGUAGCUUAUUUGCCAUCCACUCCCUGUGUUUCCAUCCUUUCAAAAGGCUAAACUGAGAUGUCAAACCUGACUUCUGGAAACAACAGUAGUCUGAGUUUUAGAAUUUGUCUUAGUGCUGCUGUGCUACUGGGAUGCUAAAGAAAUUGGAGUUGUAUUUAACGCAGAACUGUACAAUUUAUAAUCCACAUUUUAGGUAUAGGCAAUGAUGACUUUACCAGUGAUGUAUACAUCCCAUGGAUGAAUUAAGAAAAUUCCUCUGCUAAUGUUAAUUUCUCUCUGAAAAGAUCACUUUUUAUACCACUAUUUCUACUAGUAGCACCCUGACCUUUCAGGUAAAAGGCUGUGGUGUAAAGCUCCUCCUGUCAAUCCUGAGAACACAACCUUGGUGUACGCUUCACUCUGGUAAUGAGGAACUACUGCAUUACCGUUAAACCCAAAUCCCUGCUAUCCUUUUCGGUGAUGUAAAAGCUCCAGUGACGCUUUCUACAAAAGCCAUUUGUCAAAUAUAGUGGUAUGAAAAUUCACUUUUUAAAAGAGUUGUUUGAAAAAGUGUACACUACAACAAAGCAUCUGUUACGUUUUGAAUAGUCUCAAGUAUAUUCUCUGAGACCCAACCCCAAACAGUAAUUACAACAGUGUGCAGCUCCUACUUUAGUGGCUUAUUAUUGUUUCAAAACAGCAAUUUUGUGACAUUAGCAGCUUGGAUCCAUUUCCUGCUGUUAAGCAAAUUACUGAAAAUAAACCUGUGGCUCGGGCAUCUUUAAAAUUAAAAUUUGUUGUCUGUACUCAGACAAUGUUAAUUUGUCACUUGUAUAUUUAUGAAAGCUCCUUUUGGACUGUUGCCUAUCCAAAAUUAUUGCUAUUUUAAUAUGAGCCACCCAAGUUCCAAAAAUUAUCAGAAGUGCUAUAAUGAUGGGCUGCUAAUGAAAUUUAACUAAUUGGAGGUAUUACGCUAAUUACUGUGAUUUAGUAAAGGUACAGUGUGAAUUGGAAGUGUACCUAUAUUCUGAAACAGUUGUGCUUUAUUAGUAAGAUUUAUUCAUGUCCAGAAAUUAAAAUGGAACUAUGACAAAUAUUAAAUGUUAAAUGGCCUUAUGUAAAUCAAACUAAACUGGUUAUCUGUACAAUAUAUAUUGAACAUACUAUUCAGAAAUGAAUAGGAAAUUUUGAAUUUGCUUCUUAAACUGUAACAUAGCAGUUUAAACUUGGAAGAAAAGCUACCAAUUGAUUAAUAAAUAUGGAUCAUGUGGAACUUGA